AUGAACUGUCAACAGAGAUGUAAUGAGGGUUGUAUAAACAGUUACUGUAACAAAGAUUCUGGUGGCUGUAGAGACGGAUGUAGAUCAGGUUUUACUGAUACUAACUGUCAAUCAGCAUGUAUAGUUGCUAACUGUAUAGGUAACUGUGAUAGGAAUACAGGACAAUGUUCUAACUGUACACGGGGUUACUAUGGUACCAACUGUCAAUACAGCUGUAACAGUGGAUGUAUAGACAAAUAUUGUAAUAAAGAUAAUGGUACCUGUACACGAGGUUGUAUAAGUGGACGCUAUGGCCCAACUUGUGCAUCAACAUGUACUAAAACUAACUGUUUUGAAAACUGUGAACGGGAUACGGGAGAAUGUUCUGUCUGUAAACAUGGUUACCAUGGUACCAACUGUCAACAGUCCUGUAACAGUGGAUGUAAAGACAACUAUUGUAAUAAAGAUACUGGUGACUGUGCCUAUGGUUGUACUAACGGAACAUAUGGCCUCAAUUGUGCAUACAUAUGUGAAGUAACUAACUGUCUUGAUAAUUGUGGCCGGAAUACUGGACUGUGUAGUGCAUGUAAACAAGGAUUCUUUGGUCCAAACUGCCAAUUAACCUGCUCUGAUGAAUGCAUUGGGGGUUGUGAUAAUGUCACUGGUACUUGUACAAAAUGUAAACCGGAAAUAGUUGGACCAUAUUGUAACAUGUCAUGUGGAUCUGGGUGUGUCCAAAUCGACGCAAAGUUUACAAAAACCUGUUAUAGAAAUGGAACAUGUAAUACCUGUAUUGAAGGAAAACAUGGUGAUAGAUGUGAUCUGGAAUGUAGUACAGGAUGUGUGGCUGGAUGUCGAAGAAUCGAUGGAAGAUGCAGUAAUUGUAUCAAGGGUAAAAGUGGAUCGACAUGUAAUAGAAACUGUGGUACUUAUUGUACUGCCUGUCAACAAGAUGAUCCCAACGAUUGUUCAGAAUGUGUACCAGGGAAGACAAGAAAUAAUUGUGCUGAGGAUUGUCCUGCAGGUCUGUAUGGUAUGGGUUGUAAGAAUAAAUGCGGUAACUGUGCUAACAAUACACCAUGUGAUGUUGUUACUGGAGAAUGCGGAACAGUUGGAUGUUUACCAGAUUUUACAGGAACAACAUGUCAACAACUAAAGACAAAAGAUGAAGGAGUAAGCCCCGCCGUUGGUGGUGUUAUUGGUGCUUUGUUUGGGAUAGUUGUAACCACUGCUGUUUGUAUUGUAGGAUUCAUCGUCUAUAUCAAAAGAAAAUAUCGAGCGGCGCAAUCGCCAACAGAAGCAGGUUCAUACCAAAUGAACAGUCGUCCUCAUGCAAGAAAAAAGUCAAAAAAAUCACAAAAUCAUCCUUACAAUUCAGCAAAACAUGGAAUACGUAAAGACGAUCAGUCAUAUGCAAACUUGAAUAUAGCGUCAACUUCAAACCAACCACGAGAUGAGACAUAUGUUAAUUCGGAGUCUGCUCGAAAGAAAGAGGAAAAUCCAUACGUUAAUCUACGUCAUGUCUGAUAAAAAAUAAUCUGAUGUGUAGAAUUAUCCCCCUUUAUUUUGAUAUUACAUUUUGCUCUUUAUGUAAUAAUAUCAUUGUAUU